AUGUCGAUGACCUCCCUCGGGAGCAACGCAUCCUCGUCGCUGUCGACACUGUACAGCGUCAACGAGCCAGAGGACGACAGCAAGACGGGCGGCCAGGGGGGUGGCAUCAUACGAGGCCGGAAGCCAAAGGGGCUGACAAUCGACACGGCCAUCUGCGAUCCGUUUAUCUCGCCACCCAUCGUGCCGCCGAGGAGCCCGAAGCGGCAAUCUUCAAGCCUGCCUCCCCUCCGACGCAUCUCGCCUCCGGAAGACAAGACGCUGAUCGAGCCCCCUUUCAAUUCCAGAUCGGCGAGCAACUCGCCUGUGCCCAGGCCGUUGGAUGUUGUGAAGCGGAGCAGCGUGGUGGAGAGAGACGGCGGCCGGUUAUCGAUGAUGUUGCCAUCGGACGACUUCGCCCCGUCGCCGGAGACGAUACGCCCCAAGAGCGUCGCGUCGAUGAAGCCCGUCUUCUUGGUCUCCAGCACGAGCGUGGCCAGCAUGAAGGCUAGCCCGGGAACCUCUCCUGAAGAUAACAAUCGCCGCCCCGAGAUGCCGAAUAAAAGGGCCACCUUUGGCCAGAAGCCUGUCUUUCCGCCACCUCUCAACCUGCGACCGGGCUACGGGUCACCGAAUCGCGACGCGUUGACGAUGGGCAGCGCCGGGGGCGGCUUCACAAAUAGUGGUACAUCACCUACCCUUCGCUCGACAGCGAGGGACUCUCUCGACAGCCGUGGCUCGCACUCGCCCACGCGCCGACCUAUUCCCAGCCCAGAACUCCCCAGCGAGGCGAGACACGGCUCACCCACGCCAGGACGGUAUAAGCGCCGCGGCAUGGCCAGCAGCCCCAUCCGCGAGCGCAUGCAGUCACGCCAACCAGCAAAUCCAAGGGACAACCGCACCGACAAGGUCAUCCCGAGCACCUCGUGCCCGUCCAUUGUGCUCAACAGCAACUCCUCCUCAGCUAACAGUUCACCGAAGCGCGGCUCCUUCCAACACCGCGACUUUGCCGUGAUGGGGCUACAGUCGACGGUAGCACAGCUGCGGCGGAUGAACAGCCAGAUGAGCACCCUCAGCGCGGGCUCCUCCGUCUCGGACCCCGACAGCCCAACGCUGCCCAACUUCCGCGGGGGCGGCUUCAGCCCGGAUCGCAGCAACAGCCGCAUCAGCAAGAUCGGGCGGCAGAACUACCUAUCGCUGGGUCUGAGCCAGAGCCAGAAGGCCAAGCGGAACCCGCGCGGGGCAUCGAUCAAGGGCGCGAGGAACUCUAUCGCCGUGAUCAAGAGCCGGCCUGGGGGUAGUGGGAGGCUGGAUGAGCUGAAGGCCGCGGUGGAGGAGAAGGAGAAUGAGAACGAGGAGGAGGAGGAGGCAGAGCGGCCACAUAGUAUCAUCAGGGGGCCCAGGCCGCUUAACCCGACGCCGAGGAGCGCGGUGAGGGGAGCGGCGCGGGCGAGUACGGGGAUGUUGGAGAGUCCCACGAGGAGGGCCUGGAUCGAUGCGGAAGAAAAGGUUGACAAGGGGAAGCAGAAGAAUGAAGAAGACGGCGGAGGGUCCAGGCUGAAGGUGAUGGAGGUUUCUCCGAGGAAGGUAUCCGAUGGAAUGGCCGGGCCCAGCAGAAGCGGCUCGAAUUUGAGGAUUUGA